CAAAUCUGUAAAUUAAAAAAAAAACUAUUAAAAAAGUGUAUCAAGUGUUUAAACAAUGCGAUGCUCAAAGCAAAUGUCAACAAAUAAAUACACAACUUGAAUUAAAUGUUCUUUUAUAUUUGCAUUUUUUUGUAUGUUUUAUUCGGUGAAAUUCAGUGUGCGUGUGAGAAAGUGAAGCAAAGUGCGAACUUCUUUAUAUACGUAUAUAGAAUCGUGUGACAUUUGAGUCGUAGGGCUCCAGGCUAGGCGUUACGUUUGCUGUCACGGUAUUUGCUCAUUUUUUUGAUGAACAUAAAGAACACACAAGCCUAGAGCAAUUUGGUUAAGCACACGAUCGCGCAUUAGAUUCUCUAUAGCAUUUUGACUUUUGUUUUUGGCAUUUGGCAACCUAUAUGUAUUUGUAAUUGGAAUUGUGCCGCAUUGGUAGCAAUGUCAACGGCGCUGGCAACGGCAGCAAGUGCAACUAGCACGGCGACCACAACAACACAAACAGCAACAACAACAACAACAACGCCCGCCGAAGAGGAACAGCAACAGCAGACGCCACCAACAGUAACAGCAACAGUAGCGGCAGCAACCAUGUUGCUAGAACCUUUAGCAUUGCCACAGCACAUGGAGCAAUCCACAUCGAUGGAGCAGCUGGCCGAGUUGGUUGACAGCGAGGAAAACAAUGUAAGCAGCAACCUUAAUGCUAAACUGCCAGCUGAAAUGUCAACACAGCCUUCGCAGCAGCAGCAGCAACCAGAACAAGAGCAACAGGAACUCGACUCGGAUGACGGCAUCGAGUACCUCGAUCCCAAUGAGUUUCCACUGCCGGGCACACGACGCCACAAGAAGAAACUAGUGCACAAGACGAUCACCCAAACGUAUCCACGUCCGCCCGGUGGCUACAAGUACUCGAUGGGUUUCCUCUACAGCAUCGGCAGCCACAUGGCUGGCAUCACGCUCGACAUACCAACGCCCACAUCGAUAAUGCCGCGCAUGUUGCGCACGUUGCCGCCGCCGCCGCCGCCGCCUCCAUCGCAGUUGCCGCUAAUGCCAUCGGGCGUGGCGAAUGUGGUACGUUCGGGCGUUCAAUCGCCAGGUAAUGCUAAUCAAACACAUCGUUUCGGGGGCGCUGCUGUGGCCGCUGCGGCAGCAGCAGCAGCAGCGGCGGCAGCUGCAGCCGCCGCAGCGGCAGCAACGGGCAAUGCGAAUCUAUCGCCGCAGCAAUUCCUCUGUCCGGCGGGCUACGGCAGCAGCACGCAGCGACGUCUGUGGCAUGCCGAGAAUGCGGUCUGGCAAUUCGACCGCAACUAUCCGUACAACCAGGGCUAUGCCUCAUCCUAUGGCAUACCGAUGGUGCCGCUGGGCUUCGAGCAGCAUCCGUAUGGCGCUCAGCGUUUCAUGUACUCCAGCUACUACAAUCAGGCGGUGCCACGCGGGGGUGGAGGAGGAGGAGGUGCAAGUGGAGGCGGUGCCAGCUAUCGUCAUGUGGCGCCUAAUUUGCCAGUCGUAGCGGAGCAGCAGCAGCAACAACAGUCGCCGAAUGCCGAGCAGCAUCCACAUCCGGAGGCCUUCGCUGACUACGCGAAUUUGGAUCCGCGUUUUGCACGCGGCGCCACUGCAGCUCAAGUCAGGGAACGCUUUGGACCCGCACGCCAUGCAAAUGCAGCGAUGACGUUUCCCCGCGAAACCAAAACGUUCUACAACAGCAGCACAGGGAAUGUGACUGUCGGUGCACCGGGCACAAGGAUACGCCAUCCAUUCGAUCCACGCAGCGGACUGCAGCGUGGCAAUCCCAAUGUGCCCCAAACUGUGGCACUCGAACAGCUGAACAUGAAUAUGCAACGACGUGGCAGCAAUCAGCCAAGUGGCAGCGCCGCGCAAUCAACUUCAGCUGGAAGGCAUUUGAAACGCUCCAAGAGUCAGCUGGUGAACACGAAUAGUUCCAACUCCUCCGGUUCGGAAUCUCUGAAUUCUGCCAAAGUGGAGCAGCCAGAGAACAACAACAAUGUGACGCCCAUUUAUCACAAUCCGCAGCGCAGUUAUCGCAAUCGACAGCGGUAUGCAGCUGCCAACCAGCAACAGUUGCAACAACAGCAACAACAACAACACAUGGCCAACUAUCAGCCAGGAGUGCGUCGCUUGAGCAAGGCGCAAGAGUUGCGACAACAGCAACACUCACGUUGCUACAACUCCACGCAACUGGAGCAUGUGGAUUAUGCCACCAAUGGAACGUUGUAUGAGACGGAACUAUCCGAGCAGGAUGCUUUGGUCUUGGCAGCUGCAGCAAGCAGCGGCACCUCGGAUGCCGAUCUGCCACAAGAUUCGGACUUUGUGGCUGGCGCUGUGGGCAUCUCAACAUCAGUAACAGCAGGUGACUAUUCCUCCGAGGCCGAUCCACAUGGACAUUCGCAGCACACUGGCUCCAUUUCGGGUGACUUUGAUGGUUUGUCCUAUGUCAGCUUGGCUCCCAGUUCGCCCAGCGACAGCGCAGAGAGCGAGCAAAGCGAUGCUUCGUUGGAGUCGAUGGUUUCGAAGAUUACAAUGAGCUGUGUGGCAAUGGCAACAAGUGCACAGUUGCCGGACUUGAAGGGUCCAAAUCUUGUGCCUUUUGGAGAUAUGCAUUAUCUGAAGGAAGCGGAACGUAAAUCUAGUCAAGGACUGAAGAAUGGCUUGAAGUGCACAUCGCACUGUUGUGGCGAUAUGCUGGGAGAGUUGAAGCCUCAACAGCAAGCAGAAGGCGAAGAGAAUGAAGCUACCGCAUUGGCCAGCAGAGGUGGCAUUAUUAAGGAGGAAUUCCUCGAUGACAAUCAACCGCUUUCGCUGCAGAAUCGUUAUUUGCAUGAGUUCUUUGGCUACACACCUGCAGAUCGCUUUCUCACUCGAGCCAAGCUGGUGGAGAUGAAGCGUCCGCCCAUCUCGGUGGCCAGUCGCAGCAAGUGGGAUUCUCUAACGCAAUCGAUUUGGCAAAAGUUUCUUGCCGCCCAGCAGACGAAACAAAUCUACAAGACGAAGAUGCGUCUCUGGCGUUUCAUUUAUAAGGUGACGAUGGCUGUGUAUCCACGCUAUGGUCUCUACUUGGUGGGUUCGUCCAUCUCGUACUUUGGCUCCAAGUGCUCGGACAUGGACAUUUGCAUGUUGGCCUGCACGAAUCCGAACAUUGAUCCACGCAUGGAGGCCGUCUAUCAUUUGCAGUUGAUGCGCGAAAUGUUGAAUGCCACCGAACAGUUUCAGGAAUUCAAUUUGAUCGAGGCUCGUGUGCCGAUUUUACGCUUCACAGAUCGUCGCCAUCGUGUCGAGGUCGAUAUCAAUUUCAACAAUUCGGUGGGAAUACGCAACACUCACUUGUUGUAUUGCUAUUCGCAGCUGGAGUGGCGAUUGCGUCCCAUGGCUUUGACCAUCAAACAGUGGGCUCAGCAUCAUAACAUCAACAAUGCCAAGAAUAUGACAAUCUCCAGCUACUCCUUGAUGUUGAUGGUUAUACACUUUCUUCAAGCAGGUGUCAAUCCUCCCGUGUUGCCGUGUCUGCAUAAAAUGUACCCGGAAAAGUUUAGCAUACUGCAGCCCACGGAUUUCGGAUAUGUGGACAUGAAUGAGAUAAUGCCGCCAUAUCAAUCGGAGAACACACAAUCGCUGGGUGAACUGUUGCUCAAUUUUCUGCAUUAUUACAGCAUCUUUGAGUAUGGUAAGUUUGCCAUCUCGAUACGUGUGGGCGGCGUAUUGCCCGUGGAGACUUGUCGCGCCUCGAAGGCGGUGAAGAAUGAUAUUCAUCAGUGGAACGAACUGUGCAUCGAGGAGCCCUUCGAUCUCACCAAUACAGCGCGUUCGGUUUACGAUCCCGAGACCUUCGAUCGCAUACGUUCGAUCUUUAUGACCUCAUAUCGUCGCCUGGAGUCAACUCGCAAUUUGCACUCGAUUUUCGAGGGUUACGAAGGACCCGCCAUACAGACAAUGCAGCUGACUGAGAACUCGGACUUGGAGCUAGGCGGUGGCAAGGCGGCGAGUGGCGCCUCCUCGAAGUCAGAGAGUGCACAGCCAUCGCCUAGGCGUAUGGUGGACAAGGCCACUACGGCUAUUUGGAAGUGAUAUCAAUCAGAAGGUGGAAGUGAUUGCCGAGGAGGAACAGCAGCAAGAGUUGCAGUUGCAGUUGGCCAAGAGCAAGAGUUCGCGUCUCAACAAAUAAACCAAUUGCAAACACUCAACAGUCAAAAAAAAGAGAAAAGGAAAGCAGCAGACACAAUCAUCAGCUUUGUUGUAGAUUAGAUCAGAAGAAUUUAGCAAUAGUUUUAUCAGAGAAACAUUCAAAAAAGAUAGACAAAAAAGCUAGAAAGGUAGAGAAAGAAAAAAAAAACAUUUAGACAGAUAGAAUUUAGAUGCAGUAUUUUUAGUUUUAGUUUAGUUGAGCUCUAAAUCCUAAUCGAUAGUCCACAAAUA